AUGCCUGUAUACGGCCGACCGACGAUGCCUGGUCCGCUCCCAAGCCCUGCACCGUGUAGGGUGACGCUUGCACUCCCUGUGCUGGCCCUGUUGCCCGGCUCGGCUGUGCUCAUGGUUGCGAGGUCGGUCGAGUACAUGGCAGUGCUGCUUGCGGCUGUCUCCAGUAUUGUCAAGGUGACCUGCGCGCUGGAGCCACUUGAUUGUCCUGCUCUACAGAUGACGGCCGAGUCUGAUAGCCACUCUGAUCCCUCGCAUGAGCUGUGCCCUGCUCGCACCGUCGGGCUUCUGUCUGAGCUCCCAAGCUGUCCUCCGACUACAGUGACGUGUGCCGACCCUGUGGCUGCCUGGUUUGAUCUGCCCAGCCAUGAGCUCACCGCCCCCUCGUCCCACGACAGUUGCUCCGUCACGCUUCCGACAGACCCUACGGAUGUCAAGGAGACAUGGUGA